AUGCACGCUACCUUGUGCUUGAUUCCGGCCUACAUCGAGCUGACCGCGCAUGCGCGUGCAGGCAAGCUCUACGUGAGUGGCGGAAACUCAGGCGGGAUCGUGCUCUCCAGCGUGGAGGAGUACACCGUUGAACUGGACUCGUGGGUCCUCGUGGUGUCCAUGCCUGGUCCACGAUCGAACCACCGUAUGGCGGUGCAUGACGACGGCAUAUACGUCAUCGGAGGGUACAGCGGACGCCGCCGCAUCGCUUAUGUGCUGAAAAACGUGGGGAACGUGGUGCGCGAGUGGGAGGACGCGGCCCCGUUGAGCGUCAGCCACAGCAGCUUCACUGUGGUCGACUUCAGAGGGGAGAUGUACGUCAUCGGCGGCGUCACCGACGCUGGCUUGACGCCUGCCGUUGAGCACUAUUCGUCCGUGUCCAACACGUGGCGCUCCCUGGUGGCUCCACUCGGGCGUCCGCUCGCUGCUAUGGACGCCUGCUCGGUGGUAGGACUCGCCGCCGCACGAGGCUGGUCGGCCGGUAACAAUUGCUCUGGUGUGUAG